AUGAUCUUUUCUUUACGGUUUGCACGAUGUCGCAUGGGAGUCGACACGAGUGAUCGUCAAAUUGUCAACUGUUCGCUGAACAUUCUUGACAAGGGCAAAGAGCUUUUCAACCUGAAACAUUACCAAUGGACUGCUUGGCCUGAUCGUGGUAAUUAUUGUUGGCCGUUUUUCGUCUUCUGCGUCUUGCUCGGAAUUCCCGUUACACGACCGUUGUUCAUUGCCGGUACCGUUGUGGCAAUUGAGAUGAUACUCCAGAAGUCGGUCAGGUCGAAGCCUCUCAAAAUGUCAGCUGUCAUCAAGCAAUUAAGAGGAAUG